AUGUCUUCUUCGGACAGCGCCACCAAGAAGGCUCUCACCGAGAGAGAGCUCGAGAUUCUCAAGAAUGCAUGGAACUGCAUGAAAACCCCGCCUGAGAUCGACUACCCCAAGCUCGCCGAGGCCUGCGGCAUGACCAACCCCCGGUCUGCCUCCAACGCCUGGAGCGCUAUCAAGAAGAAGAUCUUCGCCGACAUGCCCGCCCCUGUCGCCAACGAGGACGGCACCGCUACCACCCCGGCCAAGCGCAAGCGUGCCACUCCCCGCAAGAAGGCCGCUCCCACCCCCUCCACCGAGGAGGACGACGAGGAGGCCGACGAGCUCACCAACGCCACCGAGGAGAAGCUCGUCGUCGAGACCCCCGUCAAGAAGAAGCGCACCCCCGCGAAGAAGAAGGCUGCCCCCGUCGCCGCCAGCCAGGGCGACGCCGAUGCCGAGGACACUGUCUCCCCUGAGACACCUGCUAAGAAGAAGCGCGCCACCCCGGCCAAGAAGCGCACCCCUGCUAAGGUCAAGAAGGAGCAGGAGGAGGCUGCCGCCGCCGCUGAGGAGGAGGACGAGCUCACCACUACUCCCCAGGAGGAGUCCAAGUUCGAGGUGAAGGAGGAGGCUAAGGCCAAGGAGGACGUCCAGAUGGAGGGUGGCCAGGACAGCGCUGAGAUCUAG